GGCCAGCGCAGACCCAGCCCCCUCCUGCCCCCCAGGGCUGCGGCGGGACGAGGAUGCUGUGGGGCCGGGGGCUGCUGGUGCUGUGUGUGGGCCUGGCGCUGGCCAAGCCGCCCCCCGAGAAGCGGGACCGGGUGCACCACGGGCAGGAGCUGAGUGACCACCCGCACGACGACCGCCAGGGCUUCCAGUACGACCACGAGGCCUUCCUGGGCAAGGAGCAAGCCAAGACCUUCGACCAGCUCACGCCCGAGGAGAGCCGGGAGCGCCUGGGCCAAGAACCCCUCAGCCCCAGGGAAGAUGAGGAAACGAUUGAAGACAUUGACAAGAACGGGGACGGCUACGUGCAGGUGGACGAGUACAUCGGCGACAUGUACACCCCCGAGAGCGGCGAGCCGGAGCCCGACUGGGUGCAGAGCGAGCGGCAGCAGUUCCUGGAUUUCCGGGACCUGGACCGGGACGGGCGGCUGGACCGGGCCGAGAUCGGCCACUGGAUUUUGCCCCAGGACUACGACCACCCCGAGGUGGAGGCCAAGCACCUGCUCUUCGAGUCCGACAAGGACAAGGACGAGCGGCUGACGAAGCAGGAGAUCCUCGACAACUGGAACAUGUUCGUGGGCAGCCAAGCCACCAACUACGGGGAGGAUCUGACCCGCAAACACGACGAGCUGUGACCAGGGGGGCUCGGGCCCCCCUGCCCCCCACAACACCACUGCAAGGACCCUGGGGGGAGGGGACUUAUUUAUUGGGGGGCUAUAUGGAUUUGGAGAUGUGACAUUUACUCUGCCGUGUGGUAGGGCACGGACUAGGAGGCUGGGGGCGAGGGGCUGGGAGCCAGGACUCCUGGGUUCUCCGCCACCCGCCCCCGCACCACUCUGGGGUUAGAGCGGAGGAAGGGCAGCACUCCUGGGUUCCAUCCCCAGCUCCUUGUGCCCAGGGAGAGCCAUUCCCUUCCCUGUGCCUCGGUUUACCUGUGGGCUGCUGGCAGAACAGACCCCUCCCCCCCACCUGCACUGUAAAAAGCAACAGUAUUAACACGGGGGGGGGCUGAUGGACACACACACAUCCCCCCCCCGCAGUGACCGAGGUUUCUAGGCCCCGCCCCUCACGGCGGGGGGAUGCUAGCAAAAUGGUCGCUGUGGCGGGGCACAGGAGCGGCUCCCCAGCCCCCCCCUUCUGCAGCAGGCAUUAGUUGCCAGCGAGUGGGCGGGGGGUGCAGGGAGUGGGGGGGGAGUCGGGACUGCUGGGGGGGGGGGUCGGAC